UUCCACAGCUGGCAAUGGAGUGUGCACUGGAAAAAUCUAGCAAGCAGCACGGAAGGAUUCCUUGGAGCUGUUAAGGGCUGACAACUUUACCAGCCCCUCCACUUACGUCAUCGCUUCAGUGUGUGUGAGUAUGAGGCAAGCACUAGAUCGGACAAGGCCUCCAUAGCACAGAGCUGUAGAUGAGCAUCAGACCCUGAAUAAAUAAGCAGGCCUGCUGGAUGCUGUUUGCUCUGGGAAUGAGAACCGAAGACCCUGCUGAGUGAUGACAGAGCCGGUGCAUUGAGGAUCUGCAACUGAGAACACAGACCCUGAUAUUCUGCAGUUCAUUUAGCAGUCUUUGUAUGAUAGGAAGGAGGGGGAGCUCAAACCAUGGAUUUUCAGUCUGCAAAACCUUUGACGGGUCACAAUGAGGAUGAUGCGAGGUAACCCUUUCCUAGCAGAGAGACUCGUCCAUUUCCUUUUAUCCCUGCAGUGAAGAAAUGCAGCCCAAGAUGUUCCUGGGAUUCUCUCCGGUGCUCAGGCUGUGAUGCCUUCAGGGUUUUUAUCCUGUCCUCUGGAGCUUUGUGGCUGCAGAAAAUUCCUAGCCAUAGACAGGGUGGGAUCAGUGUUUGAGAGAAGCACAUUGCCCCACAGAAAGACAUGGAGAAGCAGGAAGAAAUGAAGUCACAUGCUGACUUAAUACAGCUGUCAGCAUGUCAGGGCUGUCCGGCGUGGCACAGCAGCAUAGUCCCUGAAGCUCUUGUAUGUCAGGACUCAGCCUUGGUGACAGAUAGGCAAGAAGGUGGAACCCCUUCAGUGGAUACUGGCAAUGGGGUAGUUCUUGAACUGACGUCUGGGGUGCCAGAGCCUGGUCUAGAAGUCAGAAACCAGUCAGUCCUGGUCCAAUCCCAGGAAAGCUCCCUGUGGGCCCCAGGCCAAUGGGAGGUGCCAAUGCAACCUCUGGAGAGCAUUAGGCUUCAGUGUGCAGUGGAGGGGCUCAGACACUACCAGACAGAUGGAUCCUCCAAGCAUUGUGCUGAUUACAGCUACCUGGUGAUGCAGAACACAAAGCUCCUGCGGGCACUGGAGGAGUUACAGCACUGCUGCACCGGCCUGAAGGAGGAAAACUGCCUGCUGCGGAAGAGCUACUUUCCCGAGACUGAGGAGAAGGUGAAGCACUUGAAGAGAAAGAAUGCAGAGCUGGCCCUGAUCGCAAAGCGUCUGGAGGAAAGAGCAAGAAAACUGCAGGAAGCAAACCUCAAAGUAGUAAAUGCUCCAGUGGCUAUGAAGGGCUCCAGCCUAGAGCUGUGUAAAAAAGCAUGCGCCCACCAGCGUGCCAAGGACCUGACAGAACAGGCCAGUGCCCUCCUAGCAAAAGAUAAACAGAUUGAAGCUUUGCAGCAUGAGUGUCGGGAGCUACAGGCGAAGAUCACAGCUGGGAAGGAGGGCCCUCAUUGCCUGAACCUCCUAGACUUUGAUCACUUGUUGCGGGAAUCUCAGAAGGAAGUGUUACGGUUACAGAGACAGAUUGCACUGAAGAAUUUCAAGGAGUGUCUCCAGUCCUCUAAAACUGGUUCAAAAAGCUCUUCGUCAAUUGCUGCCAAUUGCUUGGGACCAUCUGUGACAACUCUAGAUACCAGCAUAAAUUAUUCAUCUCUAUCAAAGGGGGUGCAAUUAGGAGAGCCAACACUAGCAAUGGAAGCACAUAGGAAGGUGGAGCCAGGAGUGCUACCUUUGGGACAUGCCUCAGAGGAGUAUGAGAACUUUCCUCCAAAAAGUGUGGUAGCAGACCCAGAGAGCAGUCAGCAAACACAGCAAUUGGAAUUUGAGCUCAGGAAAAAGCGUAAAAAAUGUGAAAACCUUGAACAUGAAGUGAGGAAAAAGCACAAAAGAUGCAAAGAAUUGGAAAUCCAGCUGCAGGUGGUGCAGGGUGAAAAUGCACGACUGGCUCAGGAGAACACUCAACUGAAUGGGAAGGCUGAAUGGGCGCGACAGGUGGAAUCUGAAAAUGCCGACCUGAAGUUGCAGGUUGUUUUAGUUACUAAGGAACGGGAUUCUGCUCUUCAGAAGAGCCAAGGACUCCAAACCAAGCUGGAGAAUCUAGAGCGGGUGCUGAAGCAUAUGAGAGAUGUGGCUGAGCGAAGGCAGCAUCUGGAGGCUGAACACAAGGAAGCCCAGCUAGCACUGCAGGAGAAACAAGAGGAAGUCAGAUGGUUGCAGCACGCCCAGGCAGAGGCAAAAAGGGAACAUGAAGGAGCAGUGCAGCUACUGGAGAAUAACUUGGAUUGCAUGCAGGCCCAGGUGAGAGAUCUGGAGGAUCAGUGCCGCAGCCACAUCGAACAGUUCAGCCUCCUGUCUCAGGAACUCAAACGAUUCCAGCUACAGGCAGGGAAGACUGGCCCUCUGACCUCAACAUUGGUGACUUCUGAGCUCCCGCUCAUGCCCUGCUGUUCCAUCCCUCAAUCCCAGUGCCGCCAAUGGGAGAAGGGUAACUGCUAUCCAGAUGUUGCCCCUGCACGUCCUGCUCUUCAGUGCACUGAGAAGAUUCAUGAUGAAAGGAGUAAAGAGCUGGAAUCGUUACCUCAGAUCCCUGAUCCCAUGUCUAGUGUCAUCAAAAUUCCAGCCUCAGGUGCUGCUGCCACGUCUCAGAAGCAAGUCAAGAGACUGGAGUCCCAGUCAAGCUCUUCGAAAUCAGAAUCCAUGCAGAACAGUCUCAACUUCUGCCCCACUCCAGAGGUGGACACUGCAAGUGAAAUGGAAGAACUGGAUGUUGAUAGCAUCUCUUUGAUUCCAGAAUCAGAGAGCCAAGGCCCUGCAAAACUCCAAGUCUUCCUAGCUCGUUACAGCUAUAAUCCUUUCAAUGGUCCUAAUGAGAACCCGGAGUCAGAGCUCCCACUGACUGCUGGAGAGUAUAUUUACAUCUAUGGGGACAUGGACGAGGAUGGCUUCUUUGAAGGGGAGCUAAUGGAUGGCAGGAGAGGGCUGGUCCCCUCCAAUUUUGUUGAACGAGUUUCAGAUGAUGACCUCAUGACCUUUCUGCCUCCAGAGGUAAAUGAUCUCACCCAGAGCUCGCACCAUGAGAGGAGCUUUGUCGGUGCAAGUACUAGCAGUGGAGAGAGAAGUGAUCACUCUGCUGACGAGGCCAGUGUCAGUCCAUUGCCUAGCAGACCAGAAGACCAGGAGGAGCCUGUCACUCACACAGCAGUGCCUUACCCGAGAAAGCUGACUGUGAUCAAACAGCUCACCAGUGGCAUAGUUGUAGGCUGGGAGCCACCACUUUUGCCAGUUGGCAGUGCAGACAUACAGAGCUAUAAUGUAUAUGUGGAUGCAGAGUUAUACCAGAAUGUGAAGAGUGGCUCUCAAACGAAAGCUGUGAUCGAGAAGCUGGACUUGGAGCUGAAAGCCUAUCGCAUCUCUGUGCAAAGUGUGACAGAGCAAGGAAGCUCCGAUAAGCUGCGGUGCACUUUUUGUGUAGGGCAAGAUUUCUGCAUAGCACCAACGCUGCUGAAAAUCAGAAGCAUGACAGCGACCUCAGCAGAGGUUACCUGGCUACCAUGCAACAGCAACUACGUUCAUGCAGUGUACCUCAAUGAGGAAGAGUGUGAUACCACAAAGCCAGGUGUCUACUGGUACACUUUCCACAGCCUGCGCCCUAGCACUCAGUACGUUGCCAAGGUGGAGGCCCAGCCCCCCAGGGUGCUCUGGGAGUUGUCCCAGGAGAGGCGUGAGCAGAAGUCAGCAGCGAUACACUUCACUACUCCCUUAGCAGGAACUCCUGAUGCACCACUUGAUGUCCAAGCAGAGCCUGGCCCCUCAGCAGGCAUUCUGGUUAUCAGUUGGCUACCUGUCACCAUUGAUGCAGAAGGCUCAUCGAAUGGGGUCCGAGUUACUGGCUAUGCUGUGUAUGCCGAUGGACAGAAGGUGAUGGAAGUUGCAUCUCCAACUGCUGGCAGUGUCCUCGUGGAGCUGUCCCAGCUGCAGAUGUUCCAGGUGUGCCGGGAGGUCUCUGUGAGAACUAUGUCUCUGUAUGGAGAAUCCGCUGAUUCAGUGCCAGCCCAAAUCCCCUCAGCGUUGCUGAAAGCUUCCAGAUAUUCCUCACUAUCACAGGCUGUUGUUUCUACCAGUCUUCCUUCCAGACUGAUCUGUGGGGAACCCAAGGGCUCUCAUCCCAAGCGAAUGCCAGUUACACACUGCACAGCUCCGCUCUUCCCUCCACAGAAGUGUUCCACUGACAGUUCGGAUGCCAAAUUCACUGUCCACACCACUCCCAGCUGUGACAGCUCAGUGAAUUGUCUGCCAGGGAAGAUCUUCCCACACCUGCACCUCUCCUCUCCCCGGGUUUCCUCGGUGCAAGUGAUGGGCACAUCAUCCCCAGUUUCAGACACUGUAAGAGAUGAGCAAUGUCUGACUUCCCUUCCGCAGCCUGCGGAAGUGGGCGAAGAACCGGAGCCGUCGAGGGCAGCAGCAUUGAAGGGCCAUGGUGAAGACAUCCAGGCACAGGGGACGGAGGAGCUCUCUGUAAGCAACGGACCUGAGCUAGAAAGCAGUGACGUGAAGAUGCCCCUGGAGACCUGCCACGUGUGCUUGGUGGAGGAGCAGUUGAAAGAGUCAACCAUUGACAGAGAGAGGAAGGCAGAUGAGCAGUGCUUGAGUCCAGAGCCUCAGCUCUCCACCCAACAGGCUGAGCUGGGUGUGGACUGUUGCAGAGACUCAGAUAGGACUGGAAGCUCUGUUCAGGAAUUCCUAAGAGUGUCCCCUGGAAAGAAACUGAUGAAAGAAACUUCCCGAGGAGACUCUUCUCUGAUGGUGCCCAAAGUCAAAAGAGAGCAGGAAGAGAAAAUAGCAGAAGCAGGAAAACGGCAGCUGAAUCUGCUUGCUGAGCACAGCCGCAGCUCUGACCUGUCAGAUAUUUUGGAGGAGGAGGAGGAGGAGGAGGAGGAGGAGGACCUAUGUUCAGACAUGCAGGGAAAGAAGCAGUGGGACCCAAGGGCUUACUGCAGCGGAGAGAACGGGGGAAAGCUGGAGCCUUGCGACACCGAUAGCGAAGAGGAAAUUCUGGAGAGGCUUCUGGAGCUCUCACAUCAGCAGAACUGCAGCAAGAAGUUAUUUAGCAUUCCCGAAGUGACAGAGGAAGAGGAUGAAGAGGAGGAGGAAGAAAAGUGUGUACAUUUGGAGAAGAGAGAAUCCCCACACUGCUCCCUGGAGAGAGAUCCAUACCAUGCAGAAAGGAAGGGGAUAUCCCAUCCCAUAAGUGCCCCUCGGGCAUUUCCAAACACAGGUGGUAAUGACACCUACCAAAAUCUUCCCAUGCAGGCUCCCCAAGAGGCUCUUAUCCUUCAGAAGACCAGAGAAGACUCUGACUAUGAGAAUCCUGCCUAUCUGGAGCUGAGCUGGACUCAGAAGAGGGGUAGCUGUAACUGGAGUUACCAGGAGAGUAGAAUGAAGCCCACUGCAGGCACAAGCCCCCAGUGGGGCAGAAAGAAAGGAGCUAAUUCUCAAGAAAGGGCCCAUGAUCUGCUUGAGGUGAGCAGGAAGAAACGAAGUGAUGUCAAAGAGCAUUGUAGUCGCCUGCUGAACACCUGCAGCCUGGCAGGAGGCAGCUUGUACAGAGCCCAUAGCCUCAGGGAGAACCUGAAUGUCGUAAGCAGUGCUAGUGGCAAGGAUGGGUCAGAAAUCUGUGGUCCUGCAAAACCAGGCACCUUUAGAAAAUCCCACAGAAAUUUAAUGCCUUCAGACCUAGCAGAGCCGGCUGCAUUGACAGCCCACUGCUUCAACACAAGGAACCUCGAGAUCAAUAUUGAAUAUGACUCUGAGGAAGAUCAGGAUCUGACCUUCCCUUCCAGCCCCGGGAGCAGUGAAUGGCCAGAUGGCAGUGUGGAAGGGUCCCAGACUGGCUGUGAAGGGUGGAGUGAUUGCUCCAGUCAGUCUGAGUGUGCCCACUCUGAUGAGAGAACCCUGCUGACUAAGCAAGAGUUUGGGGAAGAGGAGGGAAUGAAGUGGGCUGGGUCUCCAGGCCACCACCCACAGUUACAUUGCCCAGAGAAGGAGGCACUGAGGAGUGAAGGCAGCUCAGAGGAGCAAGGCUGGGAACAAGAGGAUAGUCCAGCUGGCUGGAGGAGGAUGCCGGAGCGCCCUUGGAAGGGGAUACAUGGUGCUGCGUUGCACGCAAGGGUCUGGGCUUCUGAUAAUGAAGAUCUGAGGUUACAGGAGUUACUUGGCUCACCAGCUUGGCAGACUCCAACCCGAAAAGGGAACAAGACCUUGAGAAGAAACCGAAUCUUGAAAUCUUCCAUCUCCGGUUCAGGCACAGAUUCAGACAACUCAGUGAGGAUAUUUGUGGCCCUUUUUGACUAUGACCCCAUUUCUAUGUCACCUAACCCUGAUGCGGCUGAAGAAGAGCUCCCAUUUAAGGAGGGGCAGAUUCUGAAGGUGUGUGGCAACAAAGAUGCUGAUGGGUUUUACAGAGGUGAAUGUGCAGGAAGGGCAGGCUACAUCCCUUGUAACAUGGUGUCCGAAGUUCAGGUGGAGAGUGAGGAAGUGAGGAAGGAGCUGUUAAAGCAAGGUUACAUUCCUGCUGCCACAUCGGUGGAAAGCAUAGGAAAUGGUACAUUUGCUCCACCUCCACGCCGCCUCACCGUCCCUCCUCCGAAACCCAGACGUGCCAAGAAAGCAGAGCUGGAGAAACAGGAAAACUACAAGCUUCAUCCAGGGUCCAGCUGGCAGGACCGUGGGGCUGAUCUGAUCACACCUAGGACCAUGGUGGCUGCUUUUGACUACAACCCUAGGGAGAGCUCUCCAAAUGUGGAUGUGGAGGCUGAGCUGACAUUUACUGCUGGAGACGUUAUCACAGUGUUCGGGUCCAUGGACGAUGAUGGAUUCUAUUACGGGGAGUUAAACAGACAGAGAGGCCUUGUCCCAUCUAACUUCCUGGAAGCUGUCUCUCUGGAUGGAGGAAUGGCUGACGGGCUUCAUUUGGAAAACCAAGACACGUGUGCAGUGAAUGCCGAGAGUCAGAUGAAUUUGGAUGGGCCUGCUGAACAGAAGGACCCCUGUCCUAACAUUCCUGAAGUGCCACCUUCCUGCACUCUCAUCUGUGACCCAAGUCCAGACCAGGCAUCACUAGAGACUCUUGAAUCAAGUGACCUGUCCACUCAGAGUAAAAAGAAAAGAAGCUUCUUCUGCAAGGGGAAAAAGCUCUUAAAGAAACUAGGGCCCAGUAAGAAGAACUAGAAAAGGAUGUUGCUGCUCUCCGUAGGCCUCUCUGCGGAGCCCAGACAGGGAGAUUUCGGACAAGUCCUCUGCAGCAAACUGACCACCGCAGAGUAUUGGAAGAAGGGAAGGUGAACUUUGAUUAUUGAAGACUUGAAAUGGCUCCAACCUUAGGCCUCCUUCACCUCAUCAUCACAUAGAGUCCUGCUGCUGUGGGACUGCACGCUCAGUAUAACGCGUGUCUGGGCAGAGGUAGUGCUGCUGCAGCGGGGGCAGUGCUGAAAGGGGCCUGGGAGCUGGGGCGCAGGUACCUCAGAAAGGGGCCUGGGAGUGGGGUGCAGGUACCUCGGAAAGGGGCCUGGGAGUGGGGUGCAGGUACCUCAGAAAGGGGCCUGAGAGCUGGGGCGCAGGUACCUCAGAAAGGGGCCUGGGAGUCGGGCGCAGGUACCUCGGAAAGGGGCCUGGGAGUUGGGGUGCAGGUACCUCGGAAAGGGGCCUGGGAGUGGGGUGCAGGUACCUCCGAAAGGGGCCUGAGAGCUGGGGCACAGGUACCCCGGAAAGGGGCCUGGGAGUCGGGUGCAGGUACCUCCGAAAGGGGCCUGAGAGCUGGGGCGCAGGUAUCCCGGAAAGGGGCCUGGGAGUCGGGUGCAGGUACCUCAGAAAGGGGCCUGAGAGCUGGGGUGCAGGUACCCCGGAAAGGGGCCUGGGAGUUGGGAUGCAGGUACCUCAGAAAGGGGCCUGGGAGUGGGGUGCAGGUACCUCGGA